UCUAAAUAUAAAGGCGACACAGAUAACCCAUUGAGCCGCUGUUUUCGAAGUCCGACGACAAGGGCUUCUUUAGUACAUUUAGUUUGUGUAAUAUGAGCGAUAGAAAGAGUCGCAAUGCACCUCGUGGAAUGACCGAUGAUAGGGUUAGAGGAGUAGUCAAAUGGUUUAACGUCAAGGCUGGAUAUGGCUUCAUUACUCGGUCUGAUACCUCAUCCGACAUAUUCGUUCACCAAACAGCUAUUUCGAGAAAUAACCCAGGGAAAAUGCAGCGAUCCCUUCAGGAAAAUGAAGAAGUCGAAUUCUUUGUUGUCGAAGGGGACAAAGGUGUAGAGGCCUCCGACGUUACUGGGCCUGACAGAAAGCCGGUGAAGGGUAGUGCCUAUGCCGCGGAUCGUCCUUACGGGCGAAGUCCCAGAGAGUAUGGAGCGCGCGGUGAUAGAAAUGACUCAGAUGGUUAUAGAAGCAAUGGGUUUGGAUCAUACCGUGGAAGAGGUAGAGGUCGCGACGGGGCCAGGGUCAGUACUGUUGGUUAUUAUAAUAAAUGUUUGGUUUACUCUGAAGUUUUGGUAAUGAUGUCUGAAGGAGUUAGUAUUAUCGUAUCAGGCUUAUCAAUAAGUCUUUGCAUAGCUGAGGUUAGACCUGAUUAUCUGAAAAAGAUGUAUCAGUAGUGUUUGUCAGUGUGGAUGCCAGUUAGAUUGUUCGUAACACAAUUUAGUCCCUACCGACGUUACGUACAGCGUCAAGCCACGAAAACUGCUAAUUUUGACUACACUAAUAACAGUACACUUCCAUACGCAUCUUGCAAAUCUGACUUGAAGAAUCUCAUUCCUAAUGUUCAUUCUUAACCAGUAUCAUUACUGUCAGAUAACUCUCCUAAACACUCAUCUGAUUAAAUUUAAUCUUCCUACCAAUGAUGUAUAGUCACAUAGAUCAACGUAUGAGCAGUAGACUCAAAGUUAAUUAUGAAUGACUACAAUGUCUUGUAAAGUGCGAUUAAAAUUCAUGCACAAUUUUCAAACAAAAGUCUGACUUUCACUUGAUAUUGACUAAUGGGAUAAGUAUUUUGCAAGUGAUUGUAUGUGGUAACAUUUAAAGAUGCAACAGUAUUAGCAUUGUCGUAUCAAACCUAUGACAACUUGAGUUUACCGGCAUCCCUAACUAUUUACUUAUCAACUCCCAAGGUACCGAACAUGCCUCGUAUCAGGGAUGAAAUGGUUAUCGUGCAAAUGCAACAUGCUAGAAUCUGCUAAACUGUUGUGCAUAUAAAAAUUCACACAAACAUGAUAUAGCAACAUGUUAGUAUACAUUAUACUAACUAGAUUAUACAUCGAAGAAAUUCGACAAACGCAACAUAUCCGAGCCGUAUAGAUUUGCAGUUUUGAUAUUUUAUAAAUGCAUCCUUUCAUCGUUCUGAUGCUAAUCAAGCUAAGUUACUAUUUUCCAUCGAUAAAAUUUGUACGCACGUUUAUACGAAUUGCGUUGAUAAUUUCAUGGGACUUGAUAUUCUUUUCACUCCUUCACGUGUAGCUAGUUUAUUAUAUUUGUGUUGAUGUGGUGGGCAUAGAACAUACAAUAGCGCACUUAGCUGGGAUACCUUACGGUCUGAAUUAGUGUAUAUCAUCCGUUCAUCGUAAUGAUAAUGGAGUCGUGUUGUGUGGUUUUUGUGAGCCAACGUAUAUGGUGAUCAUCUUGUUGGUAAGUUACCAAAACAUCAUCUGACAGUCUAUACUUUCGUUUUCUAAUUAGUUUACACUACUUCGGAAGCAUAUAGUUCAGAGAGGCUAAUAUUCUUUUUUUAUAAUUGGCUAUUAGGUUGGUGGUGAUUUCUCAAGGAGAUUUGAAGAACGCAAUCCACGGGAUCGUAGCCGAGGGUAUGGUGUGAGGGACAAUGGUGGUUAUUACUCUAGCCCAUAUUAAUUUCAAUCGAUGUUGUACAUAUUGCAUUUUAAAUGUCUAAUUUGUACAUUUUAUCCCGUAAUAUCUUGUUCUAACUGAAAGUCAUUUUUCUGUGGAUAUCACGAUAUAUGCAUUUAUAUGUAUCUAAAAUAAACUUGCAAUUUUCGUUUAA